GUUACAGUAAGACAGUACAAGGACUCUCGCCCACAGAGCUGAUUGUCCGUGCGAUGUCUGGGAAACAUACUGGCUAACGUUUAUGACAGAAAUGUUUUUAAGCAAACAGGAAAUAUUACUUUUCAAGGGACAGUGCUUUAGCCUUUAACUCCAUGAUGCUGAUAUUGUAAAGUUUGAUGGUGUUUGUACUGUCCACCGCAGUUUAUCAACAAACCCUGUCAGAUACAAAACAAAUGGAUAAUGGCGGUGCAGCCUCCCACUCUUCUCCUGUCUCCUCUUCCCUGAUUCAGACGGUUUCAGCUGCUGUUUCCCCUUGCCCGGUGCUGAGGAAACUUUUGACUUUUAAAGUUUACAAGAGGCGCUGGUUUGUGCUCCUGCUGCUGUCUUUGUUGAACUGCUCCAAUUCAACGUUAUGGCUUACUUUUGCACCAGUUGCAGACCAGUCUGCCCAAUACCUGGCUGUUACUCUGGAAAAAAUCAACUGGCUGUCACUGAUCUACAUGGUCAUUAGUAUACCAAUCGCCUUUGUGUCCUCAUGGAUGCUGGAUACCUUUGGACUACGGAUUAUGGUAAUCCUUGGUUCAUGGCUGAACAUGUCAGGAGCUGUACUUCGUGUCCUGGCCACAGUGCCUGGUGUCGACAUAAGUUAUCAGUACAUCAUAGUGAUGGGCGGUCAGGUGCUCUGCGCUUCCGCUCAGCCCCUCAUCAUUUUUGUCCCCACCAAGCUUGCAGCCGUCUGGUUCCCUGACCACCAGAGGGCCACAGCCAACAUGAUGGCCAGCAUGUCUAAUCCUCUGGGAAUUGUGUUGGCUAACGUCAUCUCUCCUAAUAUAGUUUCCACUCCUGCUAAGAUCCCACUCUUGAUGCUUGUCUAUGCAAUCCCUGCAUGCAUCAUCUGUUUAUUGUCAACUGUAGGGAUUCGGAGCAGCACUCCACCUACUCCACCAUCAGCCAGUGCUUUGACCUCCAACUCAGAACAGUUUUUCCGGGGCGUUAAACUGUUGCUGAAGAGCAAAUCCUACCUCAUCCUGAUGGCGUGCGCCGGCUCAAACGUCGCCAUUUUCACCUGCUGGUCCUCGUUUAUGCAGCAAAUCCUCUGUGUUCAGGGAUACACAAACUCGUUUACAGGUAUAUGUUCCGCUCUAAUCGUUGUGUUUGGCGUUAUUGGUGCUGGUCUGUUUGGCGUCUACACGGACAAAACCAAGAAGUUUAUUGAUGUCCUGAAGAUCAACCUGAGCAUCACUUCUCUGAUGUGCAUCGCAGCUUCAGUGGUGACACUACUGCCUCAGCAGCCCAUAGCUGUAGCUGCAGUUUUCUCUCUCCUCGGCUUUUUUGGCUUCUCCUGCUACCCUGUGAUCUUAGAGCUUUCUGUGGAGUGUUCUUAUCCUAUUGGAGAAGCUUUGACAACAGGGCUCAUUUUUGUAACGGGACAGAUCCUGUCUGCCCUGUACAUCGUGCUUCUUCAGGCUUUUAGCAAACGGUUGGCAGAGUCCCCUGUGUCUAGUUGCCGUGAUGUCACUAUGAGCUGGAAAGUUUCCAACAUGGUCUUGGCAGGACUACACACUCUGGUGUGCUGCAUCUUUGUCCUCUUCUUUCACACGAGAUACCACAGACUGGAGGCAGAGGAAAGAGCCAUGUUGCAAAACCAAGCAACGGCUUAGUGACCGCAGACAACGUCCAGAACAAUGAGGGACAACCGUUGAAUGAAAUUGUCAUUCAAAGGCAAACUGAGGUUGUUCCGUAACACAGGUACAAAGGGUUUCAGUGCUAACAGGUUCAAAAUUAUGUUUCAUUAUUAUUAAAUGUUUGAAUGUUUGUGUAACAUGUGAGUCUUUCCUUGACACAGAUGACAGUUUAACAGUCUUUAUAUGGUAUUCAGCUGUCUCUGCGUGGAUGUGGAUGGACAGUUGAAUUAAAUAAAUAUACAGUUUAUGUCAUUCUGCCUUCUGUGUUAAAAUUAUUUUGUUUUAAAAAUGUUAUGUUUUAAAGUUCACAAAUGAAAAUGACAAGUUUUAAUCUUGUUUAGAAAGAUCAGAUUGUCCAUCAUUAAUAUUAACAAGCUGCUGUUGUGCUGCUUAUUCUUCUUUGAGUCAAAUGUGUGUUUUCUCACUUAAACCAUAAUGUAAACUUUUCAAGAUUUAUUUAUUGGUUUUAUACCUUUAUAUAUGGUAUAAUGAUACUUUUGUUUCUGCUUUAUACGACACAAUGUCCAAACAUUCUGAAGGUCAAAGUCAUGGUCUUUGAAAGCUGUGAUUGGUCAUAUCUGGGAGAUCAAUUGAUAAUAACAAAGAUGUUGGUAAAACAGAGAACUCAAGCUGUAGCUCAACACCAGAGGUGAGAUUAUGCAUGUGGAAUAUAAAUGAUCUUUUCAAUUUUGUUCUGUGGAAAACUAGCCAGUAUUUAAAAGAAUGUGCUUUAUAAAAAGGUCAAAUGCAUGGUGAGUGUACAUUCUUUCUUCAGGCUGAGCUUUAUUUUUGUGUUUUUUCUUUAUUAAAAAGUUAUUUGAAAUCUGCUAAUUAUUUGAUGUUAUUCACACCAUAAAUGUUUCCCAUUGUUUUGUGUGACUGUGCAAACAAAACCUGUUUAGACGCAACAACUAGUACAGACUCUUGGUUUAAAAAAGUAUCUGUUUAUUUUCUGGAUUUGUGUGAUUUCAACUCGUCAGGUAGUUAUUUUUUCUGUAUAGUCCUCAUCUUUAGAAACAGACAACCCAAGCAGACGUUUGUGGCUGCACUAAAGAAAGACUGAUGGAAUCAUUUCCCAGCUGUAAACCCACUGAAAACAUAAAAAAAAAAAAAAA